GCAGCAGCCACGGGAGGCGGGCGCGCGCUGCCAUUCCGACACAUCCCCGCGGCGACAACCCCCAAAUAUUAACCGUUAAAACUCCGCCCCCCCUCCCGAAAGAAAGUCGACGUUCCGCUCAGGUCGUGGAUCCAAACACACCACCGACAGCGUCAGGAAAGGACCGUCGGUUGGGAAAGUGCGGUCGUUAACGCCACGUCGACUAAAACAAACAAACUAACGCUUCCACAGUUGUUUCUCUGUUUCCUGUCAUCUGUCGGUCUGAAGCGGGGUCUCAGCGCCGUGAGCCAUGCUGGACCCGUCCUCCAGCGAAGACACCGGCGGGGAGUCCGACCCAGAAGUUGUUCAGGAGGCUCCGCGGAAACCGGCUGCCUCUUCGGCGGGGAAACGAGGGGACAACAGUCGGCCGGGCGGCCAGCAGCGACAGCCUGUCGCACCUGGAGCUGCCCGCGGCAAAGGUGCCAAAGACAGCGGCGUUACAGGUGAAGAGGAGGAGAGGAGGGAGCGCGAGCGGGUCCAGAAGGAGGAAGAGGAGAGAAAGAUUAAACUUCAGAUUUAUGUGUUCGUCCUGCGGUGCAUAGCGUACCCGUUCAACGCCAAGCAGCCCACCGACAUGGCCAGGCGGCAGCAGAAGGUGAACAAGCAGCAGCUGCAGGCGGUGAAGGAACGUUUCCAGGCUUUUCUCAACGGGGAAACUCAGAUUGUGGCAGAUGAAGCUUUCUGCAACGCUGUGAGGAGCUACUAUGAGGGCUUCCUGAAGAGCGAGCGUGUUUCCCGGAUGGUUCAGAGUGGCGGCUGCUCGGCUAACGACUUUCGCGAGGUCUUCAAGAAAAACAUCGAGCGUCGUGUCCGAAGCCUCCCGGAGAUCGACGGCCUGAGCAAAGAGACGGUCCUGAGCUCCUGGAUCGCCAAGUACGAUGCCAUCUACAGGGGGGAUGAGGACAUGCGGCGUCAGCCACAGCGGGCUCACCUGAGCGCCGUGUCAGAACUCAUCCUCAGUAAAGAGCAGCUGUACGAGAUGUUCCAGCAGAUCCUCGGCAUCCGCAAGUUUGAGCACCAGCUGCUGUACAACGCCUGCCAGCUGGACAACGUGGACGAGCAAGCGGCUCAGAUCCGCAGAGAGCUGGACGGAAGGCUGCAGCUGGCCGAGAGGAUCUCCAGGGAGAAGAGACACCCGGAGUUCGUCUCUGCCGACAUGGAGCCUCUUUACGUGGAGGAGCUGCGUUCGUCGGUCAACCUGCUCAUGGCGAACCUGGAGAGUCUGCCGGUGUCCAAAGGAGGUCCGGACUUCAAACAGAAGCUCAAACGCUCCUCCAUGAACAACUCCUUCCUGGACAUGGGCGACGAGGGCGACGUCCUGUCCAAGUCCGACGUCGUGCUGUCUUUUACUCUGGAGAUUGUGAUCGUGGAGGUCCAGGGUCUGAAGUCUGUGGCUCCAAACCGGAUCGUUUACUGCACCAUGGAGGUGGAGGGCGGAGAGAAGCUGCAGACAGACCAGGCCGAAGCCUCCAGACCGCAGUGGGGGACUCAGGGGGACUUCACCACCACUCACCCUCUGCCCUCGGUCAAAGUGAAGCUGUUCACCGAGAGCACCGGGGUCCUGGCUCUGGAGGACAAGGAGCUGGGCCGGGUGGUCCUGAAUCCGACCACCAACGGACCAAAGCAGGCCGAGUUCCACCGCAUGGUCAUCCCCAAGAACAGCCAGGACACCGAGCUGAAGAUCAAACUGGCCGUCCGCAUGGACAAACCCCCCAACAUGAAGCACAGCGGGUACCUUUACGCUCUGGGCCAGAGGGUCUGGAAACGCUGGAAAAGAAGGUAUUUCGUCCUCGUUCAGGUGAGUCAGUACACAUUCGCCAUGUGCAGCUACAGGGAGAAGAAGGCGGAGCCUCAGGAGCUGAUGCAGUUGGAGGGCUACACGGUGGACUACUGCGACCCUCAGCCAGGUCUGCAGGGCGGCCGGGUGUUCUUUAACGCGGUGAAGGAGGGCGACCUGGUCGUGUUUGCCUGCGAUGACGAGCAGGACCGGAUGCUGUGGGUCCAGGCCAUGUACCGAGCCACGGGACAGUCCUACAAACCAGUCCCACCCCCGCAGAACAAAACCACCAACUGCAGAGGAGGGAACCAGAAGCCAGCAUCCCCCAUCAGUCUGGAUCCGUCGCAGCGCCAGGGGGUGGAGGAGCUGAUCUCCGCCGCGCCGUGUCGCUUCGACCACGCCGCCCUGUUCGCCAUUUUACAGAAGAACACCCUGCAGCACCGCAUGAGCGACUCCUUCUCCUGCCUGGGUUGGUUCAGUCCUGGUCAGGUGUUCGUCCUGGACGAGUACUGCGCUCGAUACGGCGUUCGAGGCUGCCAUCGCCACCUGAGCUACCUGAAGGACCUGAUGGAUUACUCAGAGAACAACGCGCUGGUCGACCCCACACUGCUGCACUACAGCUACGCCUUCUGCGCCUCCCACGUCCACGGAAACAGGCCCGAUGGGAUGGGGACGGUGACCGUGGAGGAGAAAGAGCAGUUUGAGGCCGUCAGGAGUCGCCUCAUGACUCUGCUGGAGAACCACAUCACACACUUCAGGUACUGCUUUCCGUUUGGACGGCCAGAUGGGGCCCUGAAGGCGACGCUCUCCCUGCAGGAACGGGUUUUGAUGAAGGACAUCACGACUCCUGUUCCUCCAGAGGAGAUGAAGAAACUGGUACAGAAGUGUCUGGAAAAAGCAGCUCGGAUCAACUACAGUCAGCUGAUGGAAUACGCGCAGAUCAAAGCGGACGCCCAGGCAGCUCCGGAGAAAAGGCUGGAGGACAUGAUGCGACUGGGCGAACUCUGCAUCGAAGUCCUGCAGCAGAAUGACGAGCAUCACGCCGAGGCUUUCUCAUGGUGGCCCGAGCUGAUGGCUGAGCACGCCGAGACGUUUCUGUCUCUGUACCAGGCCGACAUGGACGCCGCCCUGCAGGUCCAGCCCGUGGACUCGUGGGACAGCUUCCCACUUUUCCAGCUCCACAACAACUUCCUGCGAUCCGACCCUCACCUGUGCAAUGGGAUGUUCCACAAACACCUGCAGGACCUGUUUGUCCCCCUGGUGGUGCGCUACAUCGACCUAAUGGAGUCGUCCAUCGCCCAGUCCAUCCACCGCGGCUUUGAGCAGGAGACCUGGCAGUCUGUCAAGUCGUUAACUAACAAUCUAGCGAGCGUUCCUCUUCCCAAGGUCCCCAGCCUCCCCCUCACGCUGCCACAGAUGCCCAGCUUCUCGGCACCGGCCUGGAUGGGACCGCUGUGUGAGAACACCAACGGCUCGGCCACCUCGGAGGAUUUGUUCUGGAAGCUGGAUGCUCUGCAGAUGUUUGUGCUGGACCUCCACUGGCCUGAGCCUGAGUUCGCCAAACAUCUGGAGCAGAGACUCAAGCUGAUGGCCAGCGACAUGAUGGAGGCCUGCGUAAAGAGAACAAAAUCUGCAUUUGAUACCAAAAUGCAGAAAGCAAGUAAGUCGACGGACUUCCGGGUGCCGCUGUCGGUCUGCACCAUGUUCAACGUGCUGAUGGACGCCAAGAAGCAGUGCUCCAAGCUCUGCGUGCUGGACACGGGUCAGGAGAUUGACAAACAAUGGCAACAGUACCACUCCAAAAUAGAUGUUCUGAUUGACGAGGCGUUCAAAGACAUGAUUUCCUGCCUCGUCUCAAAGUUUGCUGCUGUUUUAGACGGCGUCCUCUCCAAGCUCUCGAGAUACGAUGAAGGGACAUUCUUCUCUUCAAUCCUCUCUUUCACAGUGAAAGCAGCUGCCAAAUACGUGGAAGUCCCCAAACCAGGGAUGGAUCUGGCCGACACCUACAUCACCUUCGUACGGCAGAACCAGGACAUCCUGCGAGACCGCAUCAAUGACGAGCUGUACAUCGAGAAGGUGUUUGAUCAAUGGUACACCGGCUCCAUGAAGGCAGUGUGUGUUUGGCUGACAGACAGAUUGGACCUGCAGCUCCACAUGUACCAGCUGAAAACACUCAUCAAGAUCGUGAAGAAGACCUACCGUGACUUCAGGCUGCAGGGCGUCCUAGAUGGCACGCUGAACAACAAGAGCUACGAGACCAUCUACAACCGGCUGACGGUGGAGGAAGCCACAGCGGCGGUCAAGGCGGGAGACGGCCUGCAGGGUAUCAGCAUGAGAGACAGCGAUGAGGAGGACGAUUAAACACAGACGCAUCACACCUUCUCUCUCUCUCACACACACACACACACACACACACACACGCUCUGUUACUCCUUGAUGAUCCUCCUCUCCAACUGAUCGGGACUUUUCAUUGCAGUUAAUGAUAUGUGUCCUCCACUGAAUUCUGUGCUGAGUAGUUCUCACUAAAAUCUAAAAUGAGGCUCUGAAGCUGAAAGUACAGUCGACAAAUAAAAAGUCACAAUUAGAUUGCUAAAAAUGAAGCUACCGUAAAUAGAUUGCUGCUGGACAAGAAAAGCAAAGGUGUUUUCACCAACAGGAUUAGUUAUGCUAAUGUUAGCCAGCAUGCCGUGAGCUGAACUCCACUCAAUGCUAAAACCAGAGUUAACCAAUAUUUUAAAGUAACAUUGGGAUGAAUUAACAGAAAAAUUAGCAUAUUAAAUUAUUAACAUUAAUGUACUGUUAAAAACAGAGAUGGGUAAUGCUAAUGUUAGCUAAUGAGCUAACAGCUUUUAGCUCACUGAUCAUCAUCUGCAGAUGUUCUUCACUCAGUGAUUGUGAUAAACUGAAACAAAACUGAAACAGCAGUUAACUAAUAAUGAUCACAAAUGAAUACCUAGCAUUUGGGCGAAGUAGCCGUGCUAUUAACAGCAGGACAAGUCAUGCUAGCAUUAGCUAGCAAGCCAAGCUGUUCAUGCAUUUUCUCAACUAAAUUGUCCUCCACUUCAAUUAAUAGUGCUCUGCAGAGACAAAAAUCCAGUUGACAGCUGACACUACAGCAAACAUCUUAAAAAAGAAACAAAUAGAAGUAGAAAGUAAAAUAACUGUGCUCUUCUUAACAAGCUAAUGUUAGCUAGCCAGUUAUGUUGUUGAUACAUUUUCUGCUAGUCUUCUUAACUCAGUCAUAUUUGAGAACAAAAAUGUAGAUUUUUUUUAAAGGUAAAGAUUUGCCGAAGACACGAGUCCAAUUCUAACAUGAAUUGAAUUGAAUCAGAACUAAUAUGAAUUUAACACUAACUGAUAUUAGCUUAGUAGCUAACGUUAUCAGGCAACAUAUUAGUUUAGAUAGCUGUUAAUACAGAAAUAAAAGAAGGUGAUGAUGGAUAGAUAUGUGUGAUAAGAUAUUUUUGUCAUUUAUUACAGUUACAGUAAUGGUAUGAAAUAUAUAUCAUGUAGUCCAGCAAUUACAAAUCCAUAGCUUUCCAACCAUGAAGACAAGUCCACUUAGAAAAAACACUGAGACUUAAAAGAUAAACCACAGUGCCAUAUUUCAGGGCUAAACAAGGUAAAGCACUGUUGCUCUUCCUCUCCCCUCAGCAUUAGUGCGGUUGCACAUGUGCAGUAGGGAAAACAACGUUCGUUAUGCGUGAAGGUCCUGAUCUGGUAAGGAUGAACACUCAGGUAGUGACAGCCCCACACACCCAACCCGUCACAUGCUGAUGCCUGGAUGCCGCUGUACGCAUGUGUUGAAACGUAAACUUACAUGAGUGAGAAUGUAUGACAAACAGGAAGUCAAGGUGAGGCGAGGCCUCUGAAGGACAUGGUGCUGAGACAAACCUCGUCCUCCCUCUCUCACCUGCAGGACAGGAAGCCCCGCCCUCCCCAAUGUGCAGCCAUACUCUAAUUGAUGUCACUUUGUACAGUAGGGCCAUUUGCCAACAGUGCAGCUCCUUCCUGUUUUGUAGCUCAUCCAGUUGUAGCUUAUUGUUCAAAAUGCUAAAGCCCCCAGCAGCUCUGAAGCCCCAUUGUCCGAGUGACCCCAUUGUUAUAAUUUUACUGAGAGCAGCAAAAUCAGCUUGGAGUUGUGAGGUUCUGUUGGACUGUUGUAGAGUUGGCAUAUGGAAAACACUCAUAUGGGUUGUUUCAGAAGGCAGUGAUUUGUUUAGGUUGGAGGACUUUGUGACCCACAGUAUGAUCAGCUCGUACUUGGCUACAUUAACUAUUCUUUGAAAUCUGUUCAUUGUUUCUUCAUAAUUGUUGUGUAAAAAGUAGAAACUGGACUGGACUUUUAAAACUAUAUAUGAGGAAAAAGCAGUCAUGUCGAUAUGUCUAAAGCCUGGCAGUUCAUGCAAAAAUGAUCUAAACUAAUAAACAGCAAUACAGGUAGGAUGAAAAAGCUUUGAUUUAGGGUUGAACUGUUCCUGUAAUGACUUGCUGUGUGACAUUCUCACUUCUGCUCUUGAACUCUCACAAUUCCAAGCUGAGUGUUGCUGUAGUUUCUGAAGCUGAACCUUCUGUAGCUCAAAGUGUCCCCACUGCUAAACAACUACUGGUGGUCUCAGGUGGUAAAAGAUGCAAAAAAUUAAAUAUUUCCUCUUUGGUUGUCCGCUGUAAGAGGAAAUUUUACUGAAAUUGGUUUCUGGGUUCAGUGGAACAGGAAACAAACCCAUGCAGGUCUGAACUAAAACAUAAAGAAUCAGUUUCACCAUGCAAAGGUCUUCAAAAGCAUUGAAACUGCAUCAAAGCUCUCUGAGAUUUGCUCAGAAUAGUUGUAGACCUGCUGUCAUCUGUUCGUUGUGAUAUUUACUGUUGUAAAGAGUAAUAUUGAGCUGUAGAGUGAUAUGGUCGUACUGCCUGGUGUGCAUCAUAUCCAACUUCGAUCAAAGUCUUAGUAACGUGCCAACGAACUGGAAACUUGUGGACUUUUUUCAGCAGGAACAUCUUAGGAGAACGUGGAUCUGUUUUUAGUCCGAUUGAUGUGUUUACUCUGAUCAGUUGUGAGCGGGAGAAGCGUCUCGUCACGGCUGUUCAUUCACUCACUGCCGUCUGUUUGCGUGUAGUGUUGAGAAAAUAAGGAGUUUUACCUGUAACUUCAGUGUAGGCCUCAACAACCUGCUGUUUGUUUUAACCGUCCGAUCCAGUUUGUGUCAGUGCAGUUCAAAGGCCAAAACCUAACUGACAAAAAUCAAAAAUCUAUAUGAAGAAGCAUAUUUAUAUUGUCUCAUUGUGCACCUGUUUUGUUCAGGUGUCUUAUAUAAGUGUCACUAUUAAAAGUGUUUUUAAAGCA